GGCGAGACGCUCGGCAGCCCCGCCCUCUGCCCCGGAAGUGGAAGCUGCCGCGGUCACGGCGGGCGGAAGGCGGAAGUGGCGAGCGACGGGGACCCGGGGGGGCAAGAGGAGGAGGAGGAAACCCCCCCCCCGGGCACCCGGGAGCAGGCUUUGUAGUGACACCUGUCGGGCGAGGAACAGCCUCCCAGAGGGUCACUUCGGAUUCCUGGAGCCUGGGCAGGAAACCUGGUGACUUAAGCGAUGGCCAGUGGAUUUCUCUUCAAGUGCUGGUGAAAGCUGCGUGCGAGGAAGUUCUGUACGGCCACGGCUAGCACGAGCGUCAGCUUCCCACGACUGCUGUGGGGAUAAAGGCUACAAAAUGACAGCUGUAACUUAGCCCUUGCUGCUCCAGGGCGGCUUUGGGGGUGAGGCAGUGGAGAAGCAGAUGUCUGGAGGAGGAGGGAUGUGUGAAGCCAAACCGGCUAGUUCCUGCUGCUGGAGUGGCGAGCUCUCCGAGGGCAGGGGUGCACCAGGGGCCAGCCCUUGUGUGGAUAACAGACCCUUGUUCUCAAGUUUUGGGGAUCCGGGAAGCACUGGGCCUAGCGGCUGUCACUUCUUCCAAGAAUGCUGCAGUCCUGAAGGCCCCGAGCGUACGUCUCCGAGCCAGCGCUGGCCGAAACAACUCCACGGAGCCACCGAAGGCUUUGAACCCAUGGAGGCUCAUGGGCCAGCUGCUGCUGGGACAUUGCUAGCCGAGCCAGCAGCCGAGAGGCUAGGGAAGGUGGAGGAGGCCGCCUGUUCUCCCCAUCAGGGCUUUCCAGAAGGCGGCGGGCAGAGCCCUGCCUGCACCGCAGGGGAGGGUGUUGGUUGGAAUGGAAGCUGCGACCGAGUACCGGCGGGGUUGCUCGAAGAGGAUGGCUUGCACUUUACUGAGUCCAGUGCUCCUGGCUCCUGUCUGUCCAGUUACGAACGUUCCUGUAGUUGUCAGGGGGAGAGUUUGGAUCUCUCCAGGACUUAUUUGGAAAAGGGGAACUGUUCGUGUAGCAUCACCUGCCAGCACUGGGCUUCGGAGUCCCCUGGAGCUGAGGACGAAGCCUUUGCUCCUGAUUCAGCCCCAUCGCUGCAGGGCCAGGAGGAAGACGAGGAAGAUGACGGAGUGUCCAAGGCCAGCGAGGACCCUUCGGACUCUGGCAGGGUGCUCGGCGGCAGGAAGAAUGGGAGACGCCAGAGGCACCGCUCUGGCACGAAGGACAAGGAGGACGGGAAGGAGAAUGCCAAGCGGGAGGGUAGAUCUGCGCCGGCUGGCGGGAAGCACAAGCAGGCCAGGAAGAGGAGCCAUGCGGACCGGCGGCGCCACCUAAAAGCGGAGGUCCCCAGGCAGCUGGAAGAGCUGGCCUGGGUCUGCGUCUCCUGUUUCAAGAAGCUCAUCAAACUGGUGCUGGUCAUCACCCACGAGUGUGGCGAGUACGUGGAAGCUGGUGGGAGGCUC